UGAGUUCGCGUUUGCUUUGCGAGGAAGUCGCGAUCGCGAGUUCGGUGCGUGCACACAUCGGCUCGCGUACAUAUAAUAUAUGUAUAUAUACAUGCCCGUCUCGGCUGUGAACGGCGCGCCCGCGGCUGCGAUCGCCGACGGGUCGAACGGCGUAGCAACGGAUGGCUCGCGAUUCUGGCCGAUCGGCUGGCUGAACAUGAUGCGCGCUUGCGACGACACGUCCGAUGUACGAUUGGAGAAGUUCCGAGCGGCGACAAGCGGCGCCGUCGCGACGGCGUCGGGGAAUGGGGACGCGAACACGACGAAGGAGAUGGCGACGUCGAGGAAGUGCGAUGGACAGCUGUCUAUGCUGUGCGCGACGAACAGCUGUUCGUCCUGCAAGCCUGCAUGUCGUACGUCAGAAAUGGAGCAAGAGGACCACGGCCCGUCCUGGGACAACCUGCCCACCGUUAUCUUGCAGGAGAUAUUCUCAUAUUUGUCGCACGAGACCAGAAUAAGAGCCUCUCAGGUGUGCAAAAAUUGGAGAUACACCUUGUUCCACCCAAACUUCUGGAAAAAAAUCACUUUUGUGUUCAGAGAUCAGGACAGUGUUUUGUGGGCUCGAUUCUUGGCAAAUAGUUUUGCUCUGAGCGUACAUGAAGCUACGAUUCGUUGGGCUAAAUCUAGAUCUAGAAAGAUCAAUUGCACAGGAGAAACGUAUAGGCUUUUGAAGAAAUUAAGUCACAAUAGACAAUUGAGAAAAUUGUGCUUGGAAUUCUAUAGUAAUACUAGUGAUUCUCCUUUUGACAACGAGAAUGACAGUAAUUACAAGAGUUCUUCAUCAUUAGAAAGAUGUGUGAUAAAUAUUAUUGAGACUUCUAAUUGUUUGGAAGUCCUAAGUCUAGGGUGCAGGGAAGAGUUGAUUAUGAAUUUAUCUGCAAUUGUGGAACCUCUCCGUCUUCAUCACUCCAAACAUUUAACACACCUCAGUCUGGCAUCUAUCAAGGACGAUCCUGACUAUUAUGACUUCUUUGAAUUUGAUAACACUAUUUUUAAUUCGUUUAUCAGAUUGUCUAUCUUAACUUUAGAUUAUGAGUAUGUCAGUGAUGCUUUGUUGGAAGCGUUAGAUAAUGGAUGUAUGCAGAGACUUGUGAUUCAUAUACAUGGCUGGAAACCGGAUUAUCCAGGAACAACAAAUAUGGCUUGGAAAAUAUUUGUUCAAAAAAACCCACAUUGUGAGUUAAGGCUCAAUCUUAUACAUUCUUAUGCCGGCGUCAAGGUUUUGGAUACUGACAUAUUAUGUCCUGCUAUGCCACUGACACACUUACAAGUUCUAUUCUGUGAAAACAUUAAUAUCAGUGCGUUACAUCGAUUAUCAAUGUGGUAUUCACAUACGUUGCAAUCAUUGACAUGGGUAGAUUCGAUAGAUUACAAGCAGAGUAUACCAUCUACAUUUGAUCCAAACGAUCCACAUGGUCCAGAUCCUUUGGUGUUAGUGGCAUGGAAGUGUAAUAAACUUAUAAAGAUGAUGUUCCUGGGUCAUAAAUAUUAUCAAGAGAAUCUAUUGGCCAUCGCGCGUCUAAGAGGCAACACUCUUAAAUCGUUGGUAUUUGCAAAAAGUGAUAUCACAUCUGAAGUUGAAUUGUGGUUCGAAGCUGAAAAUAUCAGACGUGAAAUUCGGGAUAUAAUGGGUCCACAUUGGAGGCCCUUGAGUGACUCAGAUUUGCCAAAAGUGAUAUUAGAUCCUUUCAAUGGCGAUAGUAGAGAAGUGAUUGAACCGUUGGUUCUCAGUGAUCAGAAAUAAUUCUCGACAGACGCCAAGGAAAAUCUCUAUCCAGUGUGAUUGUCCAAAAACCAUCUCCAGGCCACUAACAUUCUCAGAAGUAAUGUUAUCAAAUUACAUCUUUUAUUCUUCUACAAGAUUUUUUUAACGAGGGUGAAACAUCGAACAGCGAAUAUGCACUAUAAGUUCGAAAUCUCGUCAAUAGCGUUAUCGUUUUCCGAGUUGGGAAUUCUGGGUGCAAUGUGUAAGAGAUACAGAGAGAUAAACGCACACAUAACUUUCUCCUCGUUUACAAUUCUAUCGGUUAUUAUAUAUAAUGAAUGUGAUAAAUUGUAGUCAAACUAGAUCUACUUUUGACUUGUUGAUGAUAUAUCUGAUGCAAAUUACAACACAUUUGCAAACGAUGAGAUAAUCUCUUCAACUAAGAGACGAUCUCUCCAGUGAUUUAUAUGCACUAUAGUUUUCUUUUUAUGGAAAACCAUGAGUUGCGCUUUGAUGUUAACAAAGCGAUGUUAGGAGUGUGAUUACGAACGUACAUUACCACAUUAAGUGCGAUAUGUAAAUGUAUAUCGUCCCUCUCGCCUAUUAAGUCGAUAUUGCCAGAAGAAGCCAGAAUACAUUUUAUAUAACUACAUUUAUUAUUCUGGUCAAAGAGAGCGGCACAUUAGAACGACGUAGCUGAGAACAAGAUCGCAAUGUAAGAAGACUGUCGUGAAUCUUGUAAGAGAUGUACCACGCAAAGCGGAGCUGGAGCAAGGAUACGAACGACUUGUCCAGCAGAAAAAGAAAAAGUGUGCAACACGUAGGAGAGAGAAAAAGAAAGAGAGUGAGAGAGAGGUUCGGAUCUCGUGAUCUUCCACUGGAAAGAAUAACAAAAUUCCACAAACGUAUGUAAGUAGAAAUGCGUUUAACAACAUAUUUUUCCAAUUCUCUGGGAAGUUAGGUGAUAGCGAGCGCCAAGAGCAUGACGUGCGAGAGUAAAUAUCUAGUAAAAGACUUCGCGAAGAGUUCGUCGAAAUGAGCGGCGCGGAUCAUAAAGAGCAUAAAGAGUCUUGAAGACAAAGAGAAAGUAGAAAGAGAGCACGAAGUCAAUACAGCGAUCCGAGGUUAUUUUUAAUACCAAGACCAAUCGGACGCUUUUGUACAAAUGUUAACAUAGCGCGGUCCGCUCGACGAAGUACGUAGAACGCAGUUGCGAGCGAAAACGAAACGAAAAAGAUCGCUUGAUAUAUAUCCACCACCUGUCUAUGUAUAACUUUCGAUAGGUGAUAAUGAGUAGCGAUCGAACAAGUAACGCAAAUAUAUGUAUAACCGUCUAUACUCAUCGUGCUCUUAGCGACCGCUGAUGACGAACAUACACGAAUGUAGGUGUAUCUGUAAAAUCGGAGUUAUUAACCGCUAAUCGUAUAUGUAUGUAUAUGUAUGUAUAACUGUAUUAUCUAUCGAACUUUAAACACGUCAACAUCCGGACGCAGCGCGCAUCUAUUUCUGUCGUGCGAUUAACAGUGACGAUUCUGAGAGCGUGUUUAAAAGAGAGAAAGGAAGCGAGAGAAGAAAAGAGUGAGAGAGAGAGAGAGAGAGAGAGAGCGCUAUUCGUAACAAAGAUAAAAUACCAAAAUGUAACCGUAUAUGCCGUAUAUACACACAGUUUACUAUUCCGAGAGGUUCUUUACUUUUUUCGAGCCCUUGUAUAAUUAUAUUACAUUAUCGUGUAUCGUAACUUAUAGUCACACGUGUAUUAAUAUUGGUUUUUAUAUGUGGUUUCUGUACAUAUAUCUCUCCAUGCGUUCGAGACACUGGAUACACGCGCGAACGACGCGGAGAUGCGUGCGGAAAAAAAAUAUACAAGAGGAAGAAGGGAGAGAUAAGGGAAGCACAAAAGGAGGGAGGAUAUAAAAAUACGAGGUGGAGAAAAAGCGUUUCUUUUCGACGUACGACCAGCUGUUAUACAAGAUGAACGGGCCUUAAUAUGUACCUGAGUCGCGGAUAAGGGUAAAUUCACUGAGAAAAUCUGUCACGCGACAUCCACCAUAGAGAGAUAACCAGAUUAAACACCUUAGAAACGGCUGUCGUCCUCGUGAAUAUGCGGUACGCCAUGUGCACACGCGCCCACGUUCGCCAGGACUAUGGCCAUCAACUUAAGGUAUAUCACGCUCGUGCCCUUUCAUUUCGUAUUCCGCGCGUGUAUAUUUUUACAUCAGAUGAAAGAAAGGGAAGAAGUCUAACGCGAAACGAGAGGAGCCGACCGAGGGGUUUCCAAAAGUCGUAAAGAUUAAUUACCGUACGAAUGCGAGUGUAAUCGACUAAAAACUCGUCCGCUGACCGCCGAUACUACGCGGACGGAACAAAGACUUUACCAAGUAAUUUUACGUUUCUUCUCGUUUUUCUUUCAAACGAACGGAAAUUUCGCGUGAAGAAGAAAAGAAAGAAAAACUAUAUUCGGGGACGCGGUGUCCAGCGUGUGAGUGUGAUAAAUGAGCGCGAGAGAGAGAGAGAGAGAGAGAGAAAGUGAGAGUAAAAUGUGAGAAUAAAUAAAAACCAUGCGACAAUUAUGCGAGAACAAAU